GCAAACGCAGUCCUUUUGCCUUCAUGAGGUUACGCAGUACCUCACGACUUUGCUUCUAACUCUAUAGUCUUGUUCUUGAUGAAGAUACCAAAAACAAACCUAUUUUUCAUUUCAUGUUAACACCACAGAGCCAGUACACUAUUUUAGACGCCGUGUACUUUGUUUAAAAGCCUUGGGUUAUGCGAGCAGGAUCUCACAUGAUAGCUACUUAUGACUUGCAGAUCAUAAAAGAAUUUUUUGAACUCUUUUGCCUCUUUUCAAACAAAGUGCUUUUGCUGCAUGGACUAACAUCCGCCCCAAUGCUAUUUUCCCUAUCUUCAUUUUAUUACAUCUUGAUAUGCUUGUCACAGGCAUAUCAUAAUACCUGCCAAUAGGUGCAAAACAGAGCAAGAAAUGGAUUUCUGGUACAAAGUUUGCUGUUGCUGUUGCCACAGAGAAGAAGAACUGGAGAAGAAUCCACUGGUCGUUGGGGACACACUAGAGUAUUUCAACAAGCUGCAGAAACGUCGGCAAUCGGAGGCAGCAAACCUGUGGAAUGAGCCUGUGGACAGGACCCACAUGGAACGGGACGAUGACCAUGAGUUGCACAAGUUGCUGAAGAAGAGGUCAAAAAUGCGCCGAGGAUCCGAGGGCUACCGACGGCUGAGUUUUGACAUCAUCGCCCAUCGACAAAUCCGUAGGAAGAUGAACGACCGAUGGAGGCAAAUCCUGGAGGUUUUAGGAUUCAAAGAUGAAGCUGAUGGACUUCUCACGGUCACAUCCAGCACCACCUACGAAUCCCUUCACAAUCCUCAAGAGGCCCGCAGGCUCCACAAUGCACUGGCUCAGCAGACAAGCAUUUUUGGCCAUCACCGUGGUGGUCCCCCAGAGAGAUACCUUUUUGUACUUGACAGGCUUCUUCUCCUCGACGUAGGAGAGGACUUCUUCUCAGCAGCUCGACACUUUUAUCCUCUGGAGGAAGCAGAAGAAGGCAACACAUCUUCCAGUGAUGGAGGUCCUUCUACUCCGGGUCCCAUCUUAGUCAAGUUGGACAGUGAAGCUUCAGAAGAGGCUGAGGUGGAAGAAGAGGAGGAGGGGGUGAUGGAGGAAGAAGAGGAAGAGGAGGAGGAGGAAGAGGAGGAGGAGGAGGAACCAGAUGUGGAAUAAACUGAAGAAAAGGAUGAACCAUAAAGAUGGAGAACAAUGAGGAAAGUACCAUGGAGGAAAACCAACUCAAUCUUUGGAUGGAAGAGCAAAUGCAGUUGACAUAUUUAGAGCUACAAUAAGCUACAAGUUGACUCUGGUGUUAGUGCCAUAAUUAUGGAAAUAUGGGUGUACUGGAAAAUUUCCUUGACUCACAAUUCCCUGUUCCACAUCCCUGAUUUCUAUGUAUUCAUUUACUUCUUGUUAAAUUCAAUUUUUUUUACCUCUUGGUGCACAAUUUAGAUUCCAUUCCUUAAUAAGAAUACACUGAUUUUCUAAUUGCCAGAAGUCUGGAUGUGUUCUGAAACUUUGUUGCACAGCAGAAUGUGUUAUUUCUGUUCAGGACUGAGCACUCCAGAGUCCUCCGCUUUCUAGUCCUUUAGUUUAGGAGACGAAGAUAGGUCUGAAAACAAACAAGCUACCUUAGGAAAGCAAGGUCAGCUUUCUGUCUUCCUCUUUGUGCCUGUUCAUGUUUUGUCCUUCCUGGCCACCUGUUCUCCUGUCAUUGCUGCUGUCUCGCAAUAUCUCUUGUGCACAAACUGUCCCUGUCAUACAAGCCAGCCAAGCCUGGAUGACAUUCCUGCUCUGCCCCACCACUAAUCCUUCUGGCUCCUGUUCCUAAAUAGCAAAGCCUCCGGUUGCUUGGAACAAAAGGCCCUGAUGAGGAUAUUCUUCCCUCUGUUUCUCCCUUUCUUCCUCUCCUUAAGAGACUUUUUGUACCCCAGAGGUCAAGCAUUAGCCAAGAACUUGGCAAGAAAGAGAGGAAGCCACCCUGCCCCCUUACUGUCCUCAUCCUCUCUAGCAACCGAGAAGAACCGUUAAGCAAUUAACAGCCUUUCAAGACAUUCACCCAACUUGCCCUGUGUUGACAUUUUCCUUCCUUAUCAAGGUACCUGUGGUUUUGCACUCUCCCAAGGAUCCCAAACCUCUUGCAAGGGGUGGUUUGCAAGAGGGCCCAAUGUGAACUGUGAUCCUGAUCUCACCACAGCCAGAAUCAGCCUUCCAUGAGGCCUGGUGGAGCACACAGCUGAUUCUGAAUACCAUGAAAAGCCAGAAAAUGUUUAAUAUGUUGUUAUUUUGUUACUACCACUUAUGAUGAUUCCUGUCUCAUGUUCCAGAAUAACUGUAAUGGCCUAGGAUACCAUGUGCUUUGAUUUUGGGGAGUGUAUGACGAAGAGUUGGACACGACUAAACGAUGACAACAAAUGACAUUAGCUCCUCUAGCUCAGGUGGCCAAAUAUCUUAGGGUGGCUAUGCAUUUGGGGAACGUUGUGUGAGGAGGUGCAUUCCACAGUGGAUUGGGCUGAUUCACCAGGUCCAUCUGUAUUUCUUAUCAAUUGGACAUUUUCCCCACCAAACACUGCUCAGUUAUAUUCAUUUCUACUCCAGAGAAGACGCCAGUAUAACAGCUGCCAGGGUUGCAAAGCAAAGCAUAGUUCUAUAUAGCAGCUUCCCAGCCUUGAAUAAGUUCUUAUUUCUAAUCAGUGAUGAGAGAUAACAGUGGAAGACGAUUGAAGGAGAAUAUCCAGAGUUUAGGGAUCUGGGAGUUAAGAGAAAGCCCCUGUAGGAAUUUAAGGAAAAAUAGAAUGAGUGGUUGCCAUCUGAAUCUAAGGAGAUCCUUGCAUACAUGUAAUCCCCAUACUAUGCUUUUAUCAUGGGUUCCAAACUGUUGCAGAAGGCUCCUCUUUGUUUUGUGCAUUUGCUUUAGAGUAGCCUAUGCUAUUUCUUGUUAUGUGCUGUUAAGUCACGUCUAGUGUAUGGUGACCCCAACAGAGUC